AUGCCAUCUCAGAUGGAGCAUGCCAUGGAAACCAUGAUGUUUACAUUUCACAAAUUUGCUGGGGAUAAAGGCUACUUAACGAAGGAAGACCUGCGCGUCCUCAUGGAAAAGGAGUUCCCUGGAUUUUUGGAAAAUCAAAAAGACCCCCUGGCUGUGGACAAAAUAAUGAAGGACCUAGACCAGUGCCGAGACGGCAAAGUGGGGUUCCAGAGCUUCUUCUCCCUCAUUGCCGGCCUCACCAUUGCAUGCAAUGACUAUUUUGUAGUGCACAUGAAGCAGAAGGGAAAGAAGU